UUCAUCCAGAACUACAGGUGGCGCUAGUGGUUAAUGUCAUGUGACAGGAGCGCGUAGGAUAUCACUGAAUGAACGUUACUUCCGGUUCCUGCAUUUGCUGUUUGGUGUUUUUCUAGCGUUUGUUGGCAUUUUCUGCACAAUGGCUGAGGAGGAGGAGGAUCCUGGAUUUGAAGAUGAUGUAGAGGACGGAGGUAACGGCGUAGACUCUGGCCAAGGUAAAAGAAAGCGACUUUUCUCGAAAGAGCUGCGCUGCAUGAUGUACGGCUUUGGUGACGACCAGAAUCCAUACACUGAAUCAGUGGACAUACUGGAGGACUUGGUCAUCGAGUUCAUCACGGAGAUGACCCACAAGGCGAUGUCUAUAGGACGACAGGGCCGUGUUCAGGUGGAGGACAUUGUUUUUCUCAUUCGCAAGGAUCCUAGGAAGUUUGCAAGAGUGAAGGACCUACUUACCAUGAACGAGGAGCUGAAGAAAGCUCGCAAAGCUUUUGACGAAGCUAAUUAUGGAUCUUAAUGAUGAUCGCCAUUAUUUGUUAAGCUGUCACUUUUCCCUUCAGUUUUCCAUGUUUGUAACAUUUGUAUAGGACUGUAUUUCAUGCAAAUGGCCACGUUUUAUUGCUGUGUAUUCUUAGUAAGCAUGAAAAUUCAUAAAGGUAACAGAAGGCAUAUAACUAUGUGCAUUGUGUCUAUGUUUUUGUCUGAAAUGUCCCUUUUUAUUGAACAAUAAAGAUACAAGUUAAAUGUUGAAUAAUAUUUGUG